GGUUGGUUUGUCAUAAACUUUUAGAUUUCAGCGAAGAAAGUUCAACAGCUUUUAACGUCAGCACAUUUUUUAAAAAAAGAUAAAUAUAUAUUUAUAUACAAAUAUUUAUAUAUAAAAUCUGUUUCACGGCCGAACAGCAUUUAACGUUGAAAGAAUAUCAGGACAGGACAUAUAAUUACAUAUAUAUAUAAAAGAAAUCUGUUACACUGCCGAACAGCAUUUAACGUUGAAAGAAUAUCAGGACAGGACAUAUAACUACAUAUAUAUAUAAAAUAAAUCUGUUACACUGAUAUUAUAGUCAUGGCAACGGCAGUACCUCCAACAGGAUCUUCUCACCACGCAUUGAUCGCAAACAAUGAAUAUCAAAUUAAAUUGGUCACACUUCUCAAUGAAUGUUGUGACCACUUACGUGAAAUUUUACAUGAUCCUGCCCGUGGCAACAUGCCAAGGGAUAAGAAACAAUUAUAUUUGUCAUUAAAACAAUAUAAGAAACAUUUAAACCAUUUGAAAAGAGAUCAGCUGGAAAUCGUUUUUCCACAAGAUAAGGAAACAGAUUCGGGAUUGUUUGACAUCACUAUUUUAUGUGACGUUCUAAUUAAUUGUUGUCACGGUAUACAACCACCAAUUGGUGGGUGGAGGACCAGAACACCGCAACCAAAUGAUUUCAGUGUCGGUGCUGACAUCAUUCGAAUCAGAAAUGAGCGCAAUAAUGUUAUGCAUGGAAGAGCAAUGAGUUCAGCACAAUAUAAUCAGCUAUGGAAUGCCAUAGAAGGUAUAUUAAGAAGACUCGGAUACGACAUAACGAAAAUUAAAGAUUUAAAAUCUGGUUGCUUGAAUGACUUAGACUUAUUUAAGAUCGAAAUUAUGAAAGCAGAUAAUGAAAUUUUAAAUUUCAAUGUUAACAAUAAUAAAGACAAUAUUCAGCAAAACGAAGAUGGUAUUAAACAAAAUCAAGGUGACAUUAAAGCAAAUAAAGACAAUAUUCUGCAAAACGAAGAUGGUAUUAAACAAAAUCAAUAUGACAUCAAAGCAAAUGAAGACAAUAUUCAGCAAAACAAAGAUGGUAUUACACAAAAUCAAGAUGACAUCAAAGCAAAUAAAGACAAUAUUCAGCAAAACAAAGAUGGUAUUAAAGAGAAUAAAGAGAAUUAUAAUCGAUUAGCAGAAAUAGUAAAGCAAACUAUUUCUUCAUCAUCAUGUGAUCAGAAGAGUUCUCAGUUGGAAGAAACUAUAAAAGAACAACCCAGUUAUAUGCUACUAAAAAAUUUUCAAGGAGAUUUUGUAAUAAAAUUUGAUGAUGACUGCUUCAACUGGUCUGCACAAAGUAUACAAACUAUUAUUACUAAAAAUUUUACAAGACAAUCAAAAGAACUUAAUUUCGGCGACGAUUAUUUUGUAGAAGAAAAAGAAGGAAAACUAUUACUGCUUAUUUACAAUCACAAAUCUAUCAAUGCUGAAUCUAUCAAUGGGUUAUCCAUUACGUUAGUUGACAGUGAAAGUAAAACUCAUUUGAUUUCAAUUGAAGAUAUUGCACUGGUCCGAGCACAUAUGUGUACAACCAGCUAUUUUGAUGUUAGAACCCACAACAGUGGAAGAAUAUCUGAACAGAUAAAAUACAUUGUAGGAGCAGAAAGAGAAGAAACAAAAAUUGAAUUUAUAUGUGGUGGUAGCCUGCAAACAAUGGAACCUAAGGAGUACGAAGCAUUUGAAAGAGAUUACAUCCAGCGUUAUUUCACCGUCAAUGGUAAAUGCAUGGAAGAACCACUACAAAUUCCACCCCCAAUGCCAAAAGUCACACAUUCAUUAUUCGCACAAAAGAUAAAGGAUGUUAUAAUCGAAUUACAACAUCGUUUGUUUACAAUAUUUACUCAUUAUAACACGAAGGAACAUAUUCGAUUUCUAAAACUGGAUAAAGAAUUUUCUUUGAGUUUGGAAAGCACAAUUACUGAUAACAAAAGAAUUCUACUUGUGUUGCCAAAUUAUAUCGUCAACAUUAGAUACACAGAAACAACCGACGCAGUAAGAAUACAAGAUGAAGUCAAAGCGGGCGAAGAAGACUUGAAGGAGCUAUCUAUCAUCACUAAAAAAUAUCUUAAAAAAGGUCACCUGACAAUGGUUAAUGUUGUAGCUGCACCACAUUUCGAAGAUAUCGAAAAUAUCCACCUUUGUGUAGACUGCAACUUACUCUCCAAAGAAACUUUGGCUGAGGAUGGAAAUAUAAUGAAGUUCUUUUUAAAUAUUUUGCAAAGCUCACAAGUACAAAAUAAUGUUAAGGAUAACAAGGAACGGUAUAUCAACAUAGUUGGUAAAGUCAUAUGUUUUAUGGCUACUAGAAAAGCACUCUAUUCUGUUCCUUCACUCAGUAAAAACGUCCACGAACAAAUAAGCUCGUUAAUACUUUCUCCACAGCAACUCCGUCAUUUAUACAACAACACUUUAAAAAAAAUUAUAAUCGGUCCUCUAGGCAGUGGUAAGACAGUGCUAGCUUUAGCACAUUUGGAAAUUGCUUACGAGCGCUCUGAGAAUAGAUCGAUCAUAUACUAUGUUAUUUGGGACGGCAACACAUUGCUGAAACAGGAUAUUGUCAAUCAUACUAAAAGGUUUAAUUACAAAGCCGCUGUCGAAGUUGUUGUAAAGGAUAAUGUCGAGUUAGCUAAGGAUUUGAAAAUGAAUGAAGUGCCAACACCAUACCAGCUAUUAGAGUCAUUGGUUAAGAAACAUGUUGACCAAAACCUGCAUCUAAUAAUUGAUGAAUUAAAUGGAGAGUUAUUUAACAAGGAAGAAUCAUCUUUGCUCAAACACUAUCUGGAGACUGAAGACAAAUUAAAUAAAUCCUUCAUCAUUUUUUUCCCACAAUCCAUUGAGAAACAUAGAACAUUAAUUUCACACCAAAGAGUCACAAUACAUGACAAGUACAAGUAUGAAGAAACAGGAAUGGAAGUAUUAAAACUUAACAGAGCAAUGAGAACAACCCGGAUAAUCUUUCAGUUUUUAAAGGCUUUUGAAAAUGAAGUAGAACAAGACAAGGUAACAAUGAAGCUUCCCGAUCAGGAAUCAAAAGAUGGAAUGUCCACCAAAACAAAUAUCGAAAAAAUACUGAAUUUCCUUUCCAAAAUUUGGAAAAAACAACCACAACAGCGGCAAGAGCCACAACGGCGACAACAACAGCAGCAGCAGCAGCAACCACCACCACCACCACCACCACCACCACCACCACCAGAACAACAACAACAAGGAAAAACUACCAGUAGCAAUGCCACGCCAAUAAUAAAAGGAGAAGAAGAAGUAUUUGAAACACCAGUUGAUAUUGAUGUCGUUGCAGCUUCCAUGCAAGAUGAGGAUCUGUCGGGUAAUGUUAGAAUUGACACUUCAUUAAAAUUUAAUACAGCAUAUUCAAUCGGUCAUAAUAUCGAAGGAACAAAACCGUUAUUGAUACAUCCGGCAAAUACUCCAACAACAGACAAGGAGUUUAUACCAAUGUUAGCACUUGUUUUACAAGAUGUAUGUUUGCAUCGUGCCACUAAACGUUUGUUCAUCUAUAACACAAUACCUCAAAAAGCUAUUUUUCAUAGAUUACUAAGACUAUUAAAGAUUGAUUUUCUUCACUACGACAAGUACACUGACUGGAAAGUUUUAAAUUGUGAUGAUAUCAUAGUUAAAAAUCCCUUGCAGAGGCAAAAUUAUAACCUGCUCACUACUAUUGAGGGAAGUCGUGGAGUUGAAGCAGCCGAAUGCAUCUGUAUAAUUAAAAGCAAUGAUUGCAAGUUAAAACAUUUGACAUUAGAAGCAAUGUCCAGAGCGACACAAAAUCUAGUCCUUGUUUCAACGUCCAACGUUUACCAAUCAGGUACAGUAAAAUCAUCAACUGGUCAUAUCAUCAGUAAACUGUUAACUGAACAUCUGGUUGAAUACGAUCUAGAAGUCUCAAACGAUGAAGAUACGGAAAUACCGUUCACAAAGUCUAUGAAAAGUAACAAUAAAAUAGUUUUUAACAUUAAACCACAAUAUUGGAAAUUCAAAGAAAUGAUAAAAGAUUUGGAACAUGUUGGUUUUCAGGCAACGGAUGAACGCCUAAAUGCGCAUGAGAUCGUUAUGAAAAACCUUUAUCCUCCUGGAAAAGUGAGCAAUAUAAUUUGCUCAUAUUUGUCACGUAAAUCAUGCAUAUUGAGAUGGCAAAGGGACGCUAAUAAAUACACCGUUAGAAGACAAGAAAGUAAAAAUUCAACCUGGAAUAACUUAGCAACUGACAUUUCUUGCAAUCAAUACAUCGUUGAUGACAUGGCAAUUGGUGAAACGUGCAAGUUUUGUGUUGUUGCUAAAAAUCAUCUUGGUGUAUCUGAUGACAGCAUUGUGUCUUAUUGUCACGAACUUCCAAACGUUAAGGGUGUCCAAUUUGAAGAUAUCGUGGAAAUUAUUAAAUCUAACGAUAUCGAGAAACUGAAAAAAUUACUAUCUAUUCAUCCAAACAUCGUUCACAUGAGAGAUGAAGAUGAAUACACACCAUUGUUGUGGACAGUAUGGAACACCGACAAUACAUCAAUGGUGGAAAUACUCAUCUCAUAUGGGAGUGAUGUUUGGGCGGAAGAUAGUGAUAAACACAACAGUUAUCAUUACGCUGCAUAUCGUGAUCGUCACACAAUAUUAGAUAUGUUAUGUCGACAUGAUGUAACAAACAUCAACCGUGUAGAUGUUUUCAACUUCACACCAUUACAUUGGGCUGCGGUGCGUGGUCACAUCUCAUGUCUUGAUGUUUUGUUGCGUCAUGAAAAUAUUGAUGUGACGAUCAAAGAUAAAAAUGGAGAAACAGCUUAUGAUGUUGUUGGAUGGAUGAAUGAACAAAAGCGGGAAAUAAUAAGACGAAAAAUAAAAGAAUACGAAGACAGGACGAAGUAAAUAUUUCAAAUGAUUUUGUUUUGAAAAACAACAAUCAGUUUGUGAGAUGAGGAACGAGUCCAUUUUUUAGUUUUAUUUUAUAUUGUAAUAAAUUUAUUUGUAGUAAAACGUACUGCUAACUUAAAUUCGAUUAUCAAUGAGAAACAA